AUGUCGAUACCAUUUGGAACUGCCUAUGUGGAGGAUAGGAAUUCUAAUUUAUUCUCUCCUGUUAAACCUAUGGGAGACCAUUUUGAUUUGUGUGCAAAAUAUUCUAAUGUGAGCUGUGUAGAAACAUUUUGUAAUGGCGAAAAUAGUACGGUUAAAUACGAAUUAUUGAACUAUUGUCAAUAUUGUAGUGAGGGAAAGGAUUUUUUGGAAUUUCAUACUUUAAUUAUUGAUAUGGACAAUUAUUCGGAUACAAAGAAAUCCAAGUGUCCUUCUUUUACACGAUUUCCAUCUUCCUUCUUUUGUGAAGCUGUUCAAACAGGGUUUCCUGUCUAUUUUAUGGAUCAAUAUUUUGAGAGAUUGAGGACGCCAUUUCUUUGCUAUUGUCAUAGGUUUGAUAUCUAUUCAAAUUUAUGUGAUCCAGUGAUGAAUUCUCUAUUGAGAACUGAUGCUGUCAAUAUGAUCAAGUUUAUUCUGUCAUUGCUUAUUUCAAUACCUUUGUGUCCGUUUGCAAUAUUGGGCUAUGUUGUUCCUGAAUUUGUAACCAUGAUUAUACGGAGAAAGCUACGAGUUUUGAAUGCCUUGUGUGCAAUAAUCAUCUUGUUGCAAUCAAUUUGUGUUGUGGUUGCCUGUAUGAUGUUUUGGAAUCCUACGUACGAUAGUUUUGAUACUCUCUACUUUACAACGUCAAUUGCUUUGAGUUUGAAUGUCUUUUUCACACAUUAUGGUUCCCUGGCUGUUCUGUUGGUCUUUGAUAGAAUUUGUCAAUUCCUCAAAGCUGGAGAUAAUAAGAAUUCCCUAGUUGCUCUUAUAUUGAUUGGGUUUAGUUUUGUUUGCAAUUCACUAUGUGCCAUUUACAUUGUUUCAUAUCUUAUUUAUGAAUUGGAGACACAACAGGUCAAUAUUAUCCUUACUGGAAUGUCCUAUGUGUCUUAUUCUCUGCCAUGGAUUGUAAACUUUUUAGUUUUCAUUUACAUUGCCAAAAAGUUGGGUGAUCAAUUGCAGGAAAAGACUCACAUUUCAUUUUACAAAUCAAAGGUACGUGCAAGAAUUUCAUUGAAUUUUCCAAUUUAA